UCCAUCAUCGGCAGUCCAUGCGCAACCUCGUCACACUACGUCCGCUACGUUCAGAGUGUGUACUUGUUGCUUACGCGUGGUGCAGUUCACGGGCGCUGCUAACCACGGGCCAGGCUAGCAGCUAACCAGCCAGCCAGCCAGUUAGUCGGACAGACUGACAGACAGACAGACAGAGACGAGGGAAGGAAGCAAGGUGGGAAGAGAGAAGCGGCCGGUCGUCGACAGAGAAAGAAGAGUGGAGAGAAAGGAGACGCACGAGACGCACACCGGUGUCGCCCGACGACUCUUCGCAACGUGCUUCUUGUUGCUCGCGUGGACUUCACGAGCCCCCCGUAAGCCGGAGACUCAUCGUCAUGUCACAUCACAUCGUCACCGUCUGUGUGGUGUGCGUGCUGUGCGCUGCGCAUGUCCCCUGCUCGGCGCACACGGACUUAUCAGCCGCGGUGGUGAACACAGUGCUGCACAAUUCGACAAAUACCAGAAACGAUUCUUCGAAUUUGAAGGCGCACGGCCAACCGUUGUGGACGUUAGAAAGACACAAAGAGGAGAUGGCGUACUCGAAGGAGCGGGACAAAUCGUACGUGAAUAGUUUCAGUAGCAAUAAUAAGCGCGACGUUGUGCGGUACAACGAUACAACGAGGCGUAUUAUUAACGGUAAUAAUAAUAACGCCCGAAUGAACGGCGACGCCAUAGCGAACGAUGAUACCUAUGUUAAGAAGAAGAUAGCGAAGAAUUUCAAAGGCGGCGGGAGCGCGAGGAUACAACAACAGCGACAACAGACGUUGACGAACGAAAACACGUCGUCCGCCGACGACUCGAGGGAUACAGAGCUCUUGAAGCGACUCGCGCAGACCGAGUGGCUGUUGGCUUCCAAGCUCACACGAUUUAAGGAGGACUCGCGUACCGUUAAUACUUCUAGAUUAAAAAGGGAUGUAGCUGUAGACGAGAGGUACUUCAUGAAGAAGAUCUUCGAGGCCUACGGGGAUGGAACGAGCUUAACUAUGGGCGGCUUCGAGAAACUCGUUCGCAAGCUGGGUCUACUAAGGUUAUUGAACGAUAUAUCUACACUAGAGGAUGAUAGCGUCGACAGGAGUAUGCGUAAGAAUCAAUUAGAUAGUAAUAAGAAUUUUCCAAAUAAAGGCCUACAGGAUACAGAUAGUAAGAACGACAAAGAAAGGUGUUUAAAUAGUGAAGAGUUGUUGCGCACUGUCGCCCAAGACACACAUUACUCUACCAUCAAUAAUAACACCACAACAUUGCCUGGCUGGCUUUUCGAGCGCGUGUGUCCGAUCCUCGUGUAUCAAUUGACGGCCGAAUCCAGUUCGGAGAGAAAUGGCUGUAUAAGGGUACCUGAAAAUUACAAAUCCGAUAAUUACGAUCGAAUGGCGGUCGAUAACUUUUACACCAUGGAGGAUUCGCGCAAUACCAUGCAAGUUUGGCUCUAUUCGACAAUUAGCAUUGUCAUAAUUAGCCUUAGCGGGCUACUUGGCGUAGCAGUAAUUCCAAUUAUGGGAAAGACCUAUUACAAUCAUGUACUACAAUUUCUAGUCGCCCUGGCCGUAGGUACUUUAACCGGUGAUGCCUUUAUCCAUCUCUUACCACAUGCAAUGAUGUCGCCUCACCAUCAUGAGCACGAUGAGCAUCACGAGCACGAGGAUGAGCACGAGCAUCACCAUAGGAGCAAUGUUUUACCGUUCGAUCACGAGGCGCAACAUAAUAUGAACAUGUGGAAAGGGCUAGUCGCAAUGAUGGGCUUCGUAUUGUUCUUCUUCACCGAGAAAGCAUUAACCAUGUUGGCCGAAUGGCGAAAACAUCGGCAACGUCGUAACAAGCUGCCUACACGCGUGCGAGUAAUGAGGGAAACUGAUGGACCGAACAGCAACGUUGUCGGUGAGAAGCUGUGCAAACACAAAUAUUCGUCGUAUCCGUAUUGCUAUGGCGAAAUCGCCAAUGAGACUCAAGAUAAUCAUCACAAUCGCCAAAACAAUCAUCACGAGAGGCCUCCUAUUAUCGAGGAGGAGAAACCAUUGACGUCCAACUGUAAUUCUGUUACUAAAAUCGUGACAAGUGAUACGGAGAAGAAUCCGAAGGAAGAUUGGAGAUUGGACGACUCAAUCGUUAAUAAUUCCAAGAAGAAUGUGGAUGGUGUCGAUAUAUCUCUAAACGAGUCAGAAAGCUACACUGUCAUCAUACGCGAACACGAAACUAAGCAUCAUGGACACAGUCAUUCGCAUGGUCAUGUACAUUCUGCACCCGAAUCUAUGUCUAGCGUGGCUUGGAUGGUAGUAAUGGGCGACGGUUUACAUAAUUUCACGGACGGCAUGGCGAUCGGUGCUGCUUUCUCAGCUAACAUCGCGGGUGGAUUUUCAACCGCUAUUGCAGUCUUUUGUCACGAGUUGCCUCACGAGCUUGGCGAUUUUGCGGUGCUGCUAAAAGCGGGAAUGAGUGCCAAACAGGCAGUUUUUUAUAAUUUAUUAUCCUCGGUGCUCUGUUUUUUUGGCAUGAUAGCCGGAGUGCUGCUGGGAAGUACUCCUGCUACGACUAGCUGGGUAUUUGCGGCUGCUGCUGGAAUAUUUAUAUACAUAGCAUUGGUAGAUAUGAUACCAGAAUUAUCAUCAAAUCAUUCCGCGGAACAUGGCUCCCGAUGGCAAAGCAUUUUACAAAGUUUAGGACUGGUAACAGGCCUUGGAAUUAUGUUACUUAUCGCACUUUACGAGCACGACCUUAAGCACAUUUUCAGUGACUAGUAAUUUUGUUUAGCUGCUCUUUUGUAUACUUAACAAUAUCAGCAGAAGCAACUCGUUUCCUCCGAAGUAAUUACUGUUUCGUGUAUACGCAAGAUAGGACAUAAUGGGAAGGUCACACGCUGGACGAAUCAUAAUUUAAACACUGCGACAAUAUUCGAUUUAGAAUUGCCGAUGCAAAUAUUUUUAGUAUUACAGAAAUAUGAUGAGUAUUAAAUCGCAAAGUAGCAAAUUUUUAAUUUUCACUAUUUUGAUAUAAUAAUUAUAAUCGAAUCGAUUGUUAUUGUUCUAUGUAGUUAUGCCUUUAAUUGUAUUUUUUAAUGGUUUUAGCUUCCGAGUUAAAAUCACGUUUUCUGUUACUUUGUAAUAAGAUUCUUAGAUAAGCGUUGCGACUAUUGGAUUUUGAUGUCAGCAGUGAGAAAUAACACGCUGAAAACUUGUCUAAUAUUUUUAAAACCCAGACAACAUAAUGUCUAAAAUCGGGACAUAAGACGCCUUAAAGAUCAUCUUUAAGAUGUCUUUCAAACGAUUUACGUAUAAAUGUCUUUAAAGCGUCUUAAAGAUUAUCUUUAAGAAGUCUUAUGUCCCGAUUUUAGACAUUAUGUUGUCUGGGAAGAUACUUAUAUAAAAUUUAUUUUAUAUUAGUAUUUUUAUAUAAAAUAAUUUUAUAUAAAAAGAUACUUAAGUGAAAGAACACUUCAGGUCGUUUGAAUAUACUUAUAAAAUGCUCUGAAAACUAUCAUUUUUCUUUAAUUGUAAAUAAAUAACUAUAAAAUUAACGCAACAUAAAAUCAUUGAUGUGACAAAACAUGACAUACAAUUUUCUUCUUUAACCUACUUCUUCAUAUUUCAUCAUGAUUUUAUCAUGUUUAUAGCUUUCAAGUAUUUUACAACAUAUUCAAGUUCUAUAGGAAAGAAUAGUUUUCAGAGUAUUUUACAAAUGUGUCUUUUAAUACAAAUUUUUUUUUUAUUUGGAAGUAGCAGCACACAAAGAUUUUGGGCAUGCGUUUUCUCACUUCUGACGUUAUCAGUCAAAAGUUCCGCGGCGUGGAACCAGGAACUUUACAUAAUAAUUCGUAUUAAAAUAUGUCAUUUGUAUCACAAAAAUAUUUUACAUGUUUUUCGAAAUCGACAUGAGUACCAUAAGCUACAAUGAGAAGAUGACAUGUUGCCUUAUGUUCAGAAAAAUUUUUUAAUUUUCUCUCUCUCUAUAUAGUAUACCGACUUAAUCAUAUUAAGAAAUUUGAAAACUAAAUGAUUUUAAAAUCCUUCUUUCUCCACGUUAUGUUCGCAAUUUAAUCUUAAUUCGUGACCCAUGUAAAAUUGUUCGUUAAUAAUUUACACGUGAAAUGUACAACAACGACACGAUUAAUACGUACAAUUUUAUAGCUGACGUGUGAAACGUAUUUUACGUUGAACUAAUUAACGUCAUGGAAACAUAAAAAUAUCUAAUCCGCUAGUAUUACUUAUCAGCUGUCUAGUAUAUAUAAUGAUAUAUGGAUAUGUUUAAAUAUUAUUUGUUUGAAGUAAAUUUUUUGUGAUAAUUUUCUGUAAAAUAAUUUUUACUCACAUAUAAAUGUAUACAUUACAAUAGAUGUAUAUCUACGUGACCACGAGAGUCUUAGUGUUGUCAGUGACGUUCUCGCAGUUUAAUUGGAUUCAUCGCGGUAUAAAAGUGAAUUAUUUAAAAAAAUAUACAUUUAAAAAAUGCGACCAUUGCAAAAUAGUUAAAUAAAUAUUCGCUAAACAUAUUUUGAUUAGUUGGAGCAUCUUUAGUACGAUUAAUUUCUGUACGAUCGCUACACUGUAUUUCCUUAUAUUUCUUUUUAUUUUUUAGGAAAGAAUGGAAUGCGCUCGCGCACUACGGUCUCAAAGAAGAUUCCUGAAAAUUUUUUCUCUCAGUAUUUCUUAGAAAAGAAUAUCGUACAUGACAAUAUUUGACAUUUACAUUUGUAUAACUUUCACACAACAUGAGUGCUUAUUUUUUCGCCAAAUAUUAAUAAUAACGAUAAUAUUAAUGAUAAUGUGGUAAUAAAGAUAAUGAUAGUAAUAAUAUAAUUUUACGAUUUUAUACAUUAUUACGUAUAUUAAAAUAUUAGGAAAUUAAAUUUUUCUCAUAUCGUUAUUCAUAUUUUACUAUUAUGAAUAUGACGUGUGCAUGUUGGGUCAAGAUAUACAUAUUUAAAGCAAGCAAAACUGUGACAUGAUUUCCAUAUUUAUCUGCUAUCAAUGACUCUGCUUUGGUCUGACUUUUAUAAAGAUACUUUUAAUUUGAUUUUUGAAGUAUAACAAGGUCGCUUACGCAUAAAUUAUGAUAUUCUAAAUCUUACGUGUAGACAAUAUAAACCAUGUAUGAGAUAUCAUCUUUAUAGACAAUGAAUAAUCUAUAAAUUUAAAGAAUUAUAUAAUUUAUGAACAUUGUACUUAAAAGUUAGAAUCCAUAUAAUUUUCUGAUUACAUUCUUACCUACAGAGAAUUAAAUGCAUCAAUCAGUUACAUAAUAAAAUAAAAAUCUCAUGCAAUUUGUUAUCUCUUCUAAACAUGAUAUUUAUAAUCAAUAUUCAAACUGUCUCAUAAUUUAAUUACUAUUUUUUGUAUAUUUUAAUAUAAUCUGUAUUUUGUAUAUUUUAAUAUAAUCUAACAUAAUUUACAUUGUCUACAUGAAAAACGACCGCGUAUACAUCACGUAGAAAAUAUGCGAACAAUUUGCGUGUACGUAAUCUUGAAAUCUAUGGCACAAUCCUAAAAUAUAGUUUAAUUUUUUGUGUUGGAUACGUCUAGCAUUUCUGACCCAGUGCAUUUAAAAUGUAAUGCUAUAACACAUACUGACUUUUUAAAAAAUUAUUACUUUAUUUUGCCAA